CGGGAGCGGGAGCGGGUCCCGGGGGCUCGGGCCGCCCGCCGCCCCGCGGACAGAAGCCGGGCCCGCCGUCCUGGCCUGAAGGCCUCCGUCCCGUCCCGUCCCGUCCCGUCCCGUCCCGGUGCCCCCGUCGGUGUUGGCCGUCCUUCCUUUUCUCCUUUUCUCCUUUCCUCCUUUCCUCCCUCCUUCCCUCCCCGCGCCCACCAUGAGCAGCCCCGCGCUGCUGCCCCUGCCCGGCCGCCGCAUCCCGGCGCUCAGCGUCGGGCCGCCCGCCUUCCCGCACCACAGGGCCACGCUGCGGCUCUCCGAGAAGUUCAUCCUGCUGCUCAUCCUCAGCGCCUUCGUCACCCUCUGCUUCGGGGCCUUCUUCUUCCUGCCCGACUCCUCCAAACACAGACGCUUCGACCUGGGCCUGGAGGACGUGUUGAUCCCCCACGUCGAGGCGGGGAAAGGGGGCCGCGACGCGGCCGGUUUCCUCAUCCACGGGCCGGGCCACGACGAGCGGCGGCACAGGGAGGAAGAGGAACGACUGAGAAAUAAGAUCCGAGCUGAUCAUGAGCGAGCUCUAGAGGAGGCAAAAGAAAAACUGAAAAAGACUCGAGAGGAAAUCCGAGCUGAGAUUCAGACGGAAAAAAACAAGUUAGCCCAAGAAAUGAAGAAGAAAGAGAACCAGCCCCUCCCCGCUGUCCCUGUCCCCAAGCUGGUGGGAAUCGAUGGGGGAGAUCCAACCGACGCCGACACUCGGGAGAAGAGGGACAAAAUCAAAGAGAUGAUGAAACACGCCUGGGACAACUACAGGCAGUUCGGAUGGGGACAUAAUGAACUCAAACCCAUCGCUAGGAAGGGGCAUUCCACCAACAUAUUUGGAAGCACACAGAUGGGGGCUACUAUAGUGGAUGCCUUGGACACCCUGUAUAUCAUGGGACUGCGGGAUGAGUUUCGGGAAGGGCAGGACUGGAUCGACCACAACCUGGACUUCAGCGUGAAUUCCGAGGUGUCCGUGUUUGAGGUCAAUAUCCGCUUCAUCGGAGGCCUCCUUGCCGCCUACUACCUGUCGGGACAAGAGGUAUUCAAGAUCAAAGCCGUGCAACUGGCAGGAAAGCUUCUUCCUGCCUUUAACACCCCCACCGGCAUUCCUUGGGCCAUGGUGAACCUGAAAAGCGGAGUGGGUCGAAACUGGGGCUGGGCAUCUGCGGGGAGCAGCAUCCUGGCCGAGUUUGGCACCCUCCAUAUGGAAUUUGUCCACCUCACCUACCUGACAGGCGACCCUGUGUACUACAACAAGGUCUUGCACAUUCGGAAACUGCUUCAGAAAAUGGACCGACCCAAUGGACUAUAUCCAAACUACCUGAACCCAAGAACGGGGCGCUGGGGCCAACAUCACACAUCAGUGGGGGGGCUGGGAGACAGCUUUUACGAAUACCUACUGAAAGCCUGGCUGAUGUCAGAUAAAACGGACAUUGAAGCGAGGAAGAUGUAUGACGACGCUAUUGAGGCAAUAGAGAGACACCUUAUAAGGAAGUCGAAUGGCGGCCUCACCUUCAUUGGAGAAUGGAAGAAUGGCCACUUGGAGAGGAAAAUGGGUCACCUGACGUGCUUUGCAGGAGGAAUGUUUGCACUGGGAGCAGAUGGUUCCAGGGAAGAUAAAGCUGGACAUUACCUGCAGCUGGGAGCCGAGAUUGCGCACACGUGUCACGAGUCAUAUGACAGGACGGUGUUAAAGCUGGGUCCGGAAGCGUUCAAAUUCGACGGCGGCGCGGAGGCUGUGGCCGUCCGGCAGAAUGAGAAGUAUUACAUCCUGCGCCCAGAAGUGAUCGAAACCUACUGGUACAUGUGGAGGUUUACACACGACCCCAAGUACAGGCAGUGGGGCUGGGAAGCUGCUCAGGCUAUUGAGAAGUCCUGCCGAGUGAGCGGUGGGUUUUCUGGGGUCAAGGAUGUGUACUCUUCCGCCCCGGCAUAUGAUGACGUCCAGCAGAGCUUCUUCCUGGCAGAAACACUGAAGUAUUUGUACCUGCUCUUUUCCAGUGACGACCUUUUACCUUUGGACCACUGGGUGUUCAACACGGAAGCCCACCCGCUCCCGGUGCUACACCUGGCCAACACCACUCUUUCAGGGAACCAGGCCUAUCGGGGCUCGAUCCUGCUGUGGCAUCCAACCUGGGAAGGACUUUGAGGGCUGCUGGCGUCCCGGUGCCAACACCCCAGCCAGAAGGCCCCCACCCGGUCCCCAUCGCCCCAGCCAGAACCCCCGGCCCGGCUCAGCUUUCCCCGUUCCGGCUAGAAUCCUGACCCGGCGAUCUCCAUCCUUGAUGUGGCAGUCGUCGCCCCCGCCGGAAUCCCGGCCCAGCACUCACUGCCCUGGCCAGAACCCCUGGCGCUCAUCAUCUCUGGACCUGGUUCUUGUUGCCCCAGCCAGAAUCCCAGCCGGGCAUCAACUGCCCCGGCUGGAAUCCCAGCACGGCACUCGCCGCCCCUGACGUGGCACUCACCCCCAGCCGGGACCCCCGGCCUGGCACUCACCCCUCCAGCCAGAAUCCCAGCCCAGCACUCACCGCCCCUCACGGGGCACUCAUCCCCCGAGCCGGGACCCCCAGCUUGGCACUCACCACUCCAGCCAGAAUCCUGGCCCAUCCCUCUCUGCCCAUCUUCCCAGCUGUGAGGCCAAGCAGCUUUGGGGUUCCGACAACCUCGGCUUUUCUUGGCGCUUGGCAAGGGCUCACCAAUUGAUUACGCUUUCUGAACCGCCAGCGGUCCUCUCCUCCCGGACGCCCGCCCCGCCCCCGGUCCCUUCCUCCAGUCCCCGCCCCGGGUCCACUUGCCGACCGUUUGCAGAAGUUAGCCCGGUGGGGUUCGUAAAGCACAGGACUCGUGUGGCCUGCGGUUCCGGGACGACGGGCUCGGGGCUGCCCAGUUUUCUCCCGGUCCUUUGGCGUGGGUGGGCAGGGGGCAUUUGUUGGAGUGGAGCUUGCCUCUUUCCGGGUUUGCGCAGCGUGAACGGCUGCCUGGGAAACACCGAUCCCCACCCUGCGGGUGGCGAUUCAGAGGGAGAAGAGGAAACGGCUUCAGGACCCCUCGUCAACCAUUCGCACUGUGCCAACCGUCCUCCCUGAGUUAGGGCUCCCCCUGACUGCUACGGUUUGGAGCCCAGGCAUUAAAGCACUGGAAAAUUGUCAAAAAAAAGAAAAACCCCUCUGGGCGUAUUCAGUAAUUUUGAUUCAAAUAAUGAUUUUAUGGAGACGACAGCGCCUGGGGAGCAUCUCUUUUGUCGUCCAUUCCUUUUCCACUUGGAAGUCGAUGAUCCAAGGAAGUGCUCAGGAUUUGCCUCCGGAAACAGCUUCCCUAACCCCGGGGUCCUCCGACGUCGGAGCGGGCAGUUGGCCGUCGGAUCCCCCGUUACUUUGAUUCCUACAAUUCUUUGUCGAUAGAGCCAGAAUGGAGGCAGAGGAGGGGCCGUGUCCCAAUAGGGAGCCGGCCCCUGGCCGGGCACCAGGGAAGAGAUUACGCCAAGGGCAGGCGUUCCUGAUGGAGGAGAGUCAGUGAUGCAGCUCCAGUUGGCAGAAUCUCCUGCCAAUGUUGGGGAGGGUGGGGAUUGGCUGCCGGCGGAACAUCCCCGCAUUUAGGCUCGAGCCAGGUGAUUUGAACCUUCUGCAAGCAGAUAUACCGUACUGCCAUUUUCCAUGUCUUUCUUUCUGGCAUUCUUUUUUUGGUGUAGGAAUACCGUGGUUCCAAAUAAAAACUUGAAAUAAAACCCCACAAACCCUG